AUGGCCAGAACACGAUCUGUCGCCGCAUUGACGGCCAAGUCCGUUCCUAGAUUCCAUAGUGUCAAAACUGCAUCGGUGAAGGUCCAGAAACCCGCUCUAGGGUCGAAAACAAAUGUUGCUGGGACCGAAAUGAAAUUGGAGCAAAAAUCUGUGGUUGCAUCCACUUCAUCCAAUCCCAUUGUAUCGGCUGCUUCAAGGAAGACCAAGCCCCAUAUCGAAACGUUCUUCUCUCAUAUUGAAGUACCAAGCGACUUGUGUCUUCCAGCUGAUUUUGUGACGUAUCACACCCCGGAAUUCAUCGAGGGCGUCAAGUAUAUUCUAAGCGUAGAUCCGUCGUUGUAUCCGGCUACUGUUCAUGGUAACUUCACCGUAUUCGCUCGCGAGAAUGAGCCAAAUAAGAAAGGGCUGGACUUGAUUAAUCACUAUUGGUUUUCGUUAAUUACUUCUAUUCUAGGCCAGCAGAUAUCUGGACAUGCUGCCAAGGCUAUAAGGGGCCGGUUUGAACAGCUCUUCGAUGGAAUUCCUACACCAGAAGCGACACUUAAAUUGCCUCAAGAAACCGUCAAAGGCGUAGGUCUCUCUAAUAUGAAACUAAAAUACGUCAUCCACAUAAGUGAAACAUUUGCUACAGGAGACACCAAGCUUCUGGACCCCCUGUUCUAUGAAUCGGCGCCCACUACCGAGCUAAUAAAAGAGCUCACUCUUCUCAAAGGAGUAGGUGAAUGGUCUGCUCGAAUGUUUUGUCUCUUUACUUUAAAAGACUUGGAUGUAUUUGCAUACGAUGAUCUCGGAGUCGCUCGAGGUGUAGCAAGAUAUCUCGAGGUAAGACCGCUGGUUUUAGAGGCAACGAAAGUCGGUGUCCAUGCAGAUGAGAUUCUCAAAGCCGGUCUCAAAAAGAAAGGGAAAUUUGCCAAGGCAGAUUCGAAGCGCGAUUGGACGCCCUUGCACGAUGAGUACAUGAAGUUCUUAGCAGCCAAAUUUCAGCCGUACCAACUGAUCUUCAUGCUUCUAAUGUGGAGACUCUCUGCUACCAAUACAGAAGUGCUACUGAAGCAAAAUGUUUAA